AUGAUGUGGAUUUAUUUACAUUUAAUAAUUGUAAUAUGUUUUGCAAAUCAAAUUAAUGGAAAUACUAAUAAUGAAUGGAUGUCAUUAAGAACACUCAUUGCAAAUGAUAAUAAUAGUGAACAAUUAAAAUUAAUAAAUAAACAAAGACUAAAAAGAUUAAAUGAUAUUGAAGAAAAAUAUAUGAAAGCAACACAACGUUCAAGAAAUUAUGAACGAGAAAUGGCAAAAAGAGAUAAACAACAAUUAGAAAUUAAUAAAGAAAUUCAUGAACGAGCAAAUGCAUUUAAUUUAAAAUGGAUGAAAAGUAAUAUUAAAGGAACAUGGAAUAGAAAAAGAAUUUCUGAAAGAAAUAAUUUUAAAGAACAAACAGAAAAAAUUAUUCCAAGUGAAUAUUUAUUAAAAGCAUCACCAAUUGACAAAAAUCCAGUGUACUUAAAAAUGAUUCAAAAAAAUAAAAUAAGAGAAAAAGCACAUAAAGAAUUUAUGAAAAAAAAUGGAAAAACAUGGAGUGAAACUGAAUCACUUUUAAAUCAAAUUAAUGGAGUUGUUGGAAAAGUAAAUGAACUUGAAAAACAACGUAAAUUAAGAAAGAAAUAUUCUAAACCAAAAUAUGUAAAAAUUGUAUAUAAAAAUAAUGGUCCACAAUAUUAUCGUAAAAGAUAUAUUCAUAAACCAAUUACUCCUUAUAUUAAUACUUAUUAUAAUAAACCUUUUACUCAUAAAAUUUAUAAAAAAGUUAUUAAAUCUAUUCAUCAUAAACCUGUUAAAUAUGAAUUUAAUAAAGAUAAAAAAUUUAAUGCUUUUCUUCAUGAUGAUACUUGGAAAAAUCAAAUGCAAUUAAAAUGGAAAGAAUAUGAACAAAAAAGACUUAGCUCUAAAGAACAUGAACAAAUUACUCGUGACAUUAAAAAAAUGGAAUUAGAAGAAAAAAAUGCUUUAAAUGAAAUUAAAACUCGAAUGACUCAAUCAGAAAAAGAACUUCAAAAACGUUCAGAAUUACUUAAAAAAGCUUUACAACAUGAAAGAGAAAUGAGUGAAAAAAAAAUUGCUAAAGAAAUUCAAAAAAAAGCUAUAGAAUUCGCAAUUGAAAGAAAUAAAUUAAGAAGACAAUUUAAAGAAACUAUGAAUUCUGCUUUUAAAAAAUUACAAGUUGAAUAUACUACUAAUGGAUCAGAAAAAGUAGAUAAUUCAAAUGAAAUGAAAGAAUUGAAAAUUUUAACAAAAAAAGUAUUAAAAAACUUAAAUACUGAUGAAACACCUGUUUCAAUUCUGAUUUAA